AGUUGUGUUUCUGGGUGGGUUGCUCUGUAAUCCUUACCUCGUGACCACUACCUUGUUUACUGUUCAUCAGUCAACGCUGUGGUAAAUCUGAUCAGAGGGCUUUGACAGCAAACCAGAGAAGCUCCGCUCCAGACUGACACACACCAAAGAGGCUACCAUGACCGCUUGGCUAUGAGACAUCUGGAGCCAUGGCGGCUUGGCACCGGAUAACCGCCCUAUCUUCGCUGCUCCAAGUCGGUUUGUUAUUGUUGUUGUCGGUUGGGAGCAGCGGGAGAACGCUGGAUAAAUGUCUCGGUGGCAAGUCUUGUCAGCCCCCGAGACCCCCCGUGGUCCUCAUUCCGGGGGAUUUGGGAAACCAGUUGGAGGCAAAGCUGGAUAAACCCAGUGUGGUGCAUUACAUCUGCUAUAAGAAGACAGACUCCUUCUUCACUUUGUGGCUCAACCUAGAGCUGCUGGUGCCUGUGGCCAUUGACUGUUGGAUAGACAACAUAAGGCUGAUCUACAACAGUACCACACACAGCACCUCGCCCCCCCCGGGUGUGGAAAUCCGUGUCCCGGGAUUCGGACAGACGUAUUCUGUGGAGUAUCUGGACCCCAGUAAACGUAGUGUGGGCAUGUAUUUCUUCACUAUAGUGCAGGCGAUGGUAGAGUGGGGCUACACCAGAGAUGAUGAUGUCAGAGGAGCGCCCUAUGAUUGGAGGAAAGCCCCCAAUGAGAAUAAGGAGUAUUUCCUGGAACUGCAGAAGAUGAUUGAAGAGAUGGCGGAGAAGGCAGGAGGGCCCGUUGUGCUCAUCGCUCACAGCAUGGGCAACAUGUACACCCUGUACUUCCUUAACCAGCAGCCACAGGCCUGGAAAGACCGAUACAUCAAAGCAUUCAUCUCUCUGGGACCACCGUGGGCAGGGGUGGCCAAGACCCUCCGGGUGCUCAUCUCUGGUGAUAAUAACCGCAUCCCGGUGAUCAGCCCGCUGAAGAUUCGCUCCCAACAACGUUCGGCUGUUUCCACCUCCUGGCUGCUGCCCUACGCCCACUCCUGGACCAAAGAUCAGGUGUUGGUGCAGACGCCCACCACCAACUACACCGUGUUGGACUACCAGCGCCUCUACAAGGACAUCGGUUUCGAGGACGGCUGGAUGAUGCGGCAGGACACAGAGCCUCUGGUGGCUGACCUCAACCCCCCCGGUGUGGCUGUACACUGCCUCUACGGCAGCGGCAUCCCCACGCAGGCGGGCUUCCAGUACACCGACAAGUUCCCUGACGUGGAGCCCACGGUGGUGAUGGGCGACGGGGACGGCACGGUGAACCUGCGGAGCGCUAUGCAGUGCGGCCGCUGGGUGGGGAAGCAGAAACAGCCCGUGAUGUUGAAAGAGCUGGACGGGAAUGAACACGUGAACAUGCUGCUGAACUACACCACCGUGGCUUACAUCAAGGACGUGCUGUUCUCUCCGUGAGGCUGGCAGGAAGUGACACGUCUCUCCGGACAGUGACUGCCAAUGUAUUGUUGUGCAUGCCACAAUGCUUUAGAAAACAUCGUAACAUUUUAGCAAACUGAUUAUAACUUAAUUUUAUGCCAUGGAAAGACGAAUAAGUUGACUUUAAUUAAAUGGAUUAUGUCAACAAAUCACCCACAAUUGAUUAGGUUUGUUGAAAGCAAUAACAUUACGUUUAAAAUAAUAUUAGGUUCAACUUAAUUUUAUUGCUUUCAAAUAACCUAAUAAUACUGUAAUUUGUUGACAUAAUACAUUUAAUUAAAGUCAAAAUUUAGUUUUUUCAGUGUAGCUUCAAUUAUCAAUGUAUGCUAAUGUCAGGUUGUUUACUGUUGAGUAAUCCUAAAUACAAAGACUUUUAUAAUGGUAUCCGCUUUCAAACCCAAGAUUUUACCUACUAAGUCUACAAUAGGACGUGUGUAUGUGCAAGUCAACCAGGGAUAUACUGUAUGUGCCACUUUCUUAGGUUAUUCAUCAAAGUACAAUAUUUGAUUAAUGUUGUGAAAGAGAUUUCUGACUCUGUUAGGCUCAACAGCAAAGCACGUAGUUUUUGAAUAUUUCCCAGUGCAACCGGUCAAGUUCCAGUGCUUUUAGUAGACACUUGCUUAUUAAUCGAAUCGUGUGCUGAAGGACUGGAACCACACAUGGGAUAUGGAAGUUGGUUUCAGUCUGGUUGAAGCCACUCAAAGCUCAAAAAGCAUGAGGUGAAGUCCACUUACUAGCUUUUGCAGGAGAUUUCAAUCACGUUUCACAGUCUUAAUUGAGUCAGCUCCUAUGUCAUAAUGAAUAUAUAUUUUUAGCUUAAGAUUUGGGGCUUUUUUGGCCUUUAAUUAUAUGGUAGAGGCGAAGAUAAUCAAAAAGGAGCGAAAUCGGAUCAAAUCCUGGACAAUUGACAAAUAAAUUAAUUUCAAAUUUCUAAUCGACCAAAAACAGGCAGGUAGGGAGAGGCUAUUUGUUGGAGUAAGUGUCUCAUCAUUGUGCAUACUUUAACCUGCUUUAUUAAGCUUUCACUUUCCAUGUUCUGUACAGUACAUGUUAAGUAGUUCUGUACAUUUGUUGUGCCUCCACGGGCUGGAUUGACACAGGCACAAAUAAGGGACAUAUUCUUUUAGGUCAGAUUUUAGAUCUUUUAUUUACUGUUUCAUUUGUAUUUCUCUAUUUUUAAAGUUCCAGUGCAGAGUUUUGUCCCUGUGGACCAGCCAUCAGAGUCUCUCUGGCCCCAGUGAUUGUUCUGUGCCAUGCAGCCCUCUGAGGGCCACACCAAUGAUACUCUGCUGUGAACUAUCAUGUGUGAUAAAUGUGUCCAACUUGGUGUUCUAUAAAGUAAAACAUUUCAAAUAUCA